CCGUAGCACCGCCCACUCCGCCUCACGGCCACCCUUCCCCGUGUUCGCCAAUCAGCGCCCGCCCGCGUCACUCUGAGGGCAACGAAACACGGAGAAAGGGAAAAAAAAGUUUGGUGAGGAGCGAGCGGGGCCAGGCGGGGCCGGGCGGGCGGCGGCGGGACGCGGCGGGCCCGGAGGCAGAUUUGAUUAUUGCAGUGCAGCAGUACAUCUUGGACUGAAAGCAGCAAGAGAAAACUCAAAGUGCUUCAAGAUUACUGAAAUCUCAUCAGUCUGGUUUAUAGAAGAAGGGAAAAUGGCUCAAGAAACUAACCGUAGCCAAGUGCCUAUGCUGUGUUCCACUGGUUGCGGAUUUUAUGGGAACCCUCGUACAAACGGCAUGUGUUCAGUGUGCUACAAAGAACAUCUUCAAAGGCAGAACAGUAAUGGUAGAAUUAGUCCUCCUGAAACUUCUGUCAGUAGUAUAACCGAGUCCUUACCGGUUCAGUGCACAGAAAGCAGCGCCCAGGAAACUCAGUCAGGUUUAGAUUCUACAUCGACUCCAUCUAUGCAGCCGAGUCCUGUGUCAAGUCAGUCACUUUUAACAGAGUCUGUAGCAUCAUCCCAACCGGAUAGUUCAGCUGUGGACAAAACAGUUCCUGAGACAGAAGACUUGCAAGCUUCAGCAUCAGAGAAUGCAGAGCCUACACCUGAAGAACAAGACAAGUCACUUGACAAACCAAAACAGAAAAAGAAUCGUUGUUUCAUGUGCAGGAAGAAGGUUGGACUUACUGGGUUUGAGUGUCGGUGUGGAAAUGUUUACUGUGGUAUGCACCGUUAUUCAGAUGUACACAGUUGCUCUUACAACUACAAAGCCGAUGCUGCUGAGAAAAUCAGAAAAGAGAAUCCUGUAGUUGUUGGGGAAAAGAUCCAGAAGAUCUGAACUGCUGCUUCUGCUGGAAUACAAAAUCCUCUGACCAUCUGCAGAUUAAAUUGACUUGAGCUUCUUUCCUUAGUCAUCAGGAAUGUAGAGCAGUGUAUCUUGCCUAGACCUUUUAAUCAUGCAUGUCAUCAGAUGAAUAGAUUUUUUUGGUUUUAUUUUUUUUUUUUGUUUCGAAAAUGACUCUGAACAUUUAUUUUCAUUGCAGUUUUCUGUGGCUGAAGACUUAAGUAAACUUUACAAGUAUUAUCCUUUAAGAUGAUUUUAAAAUUAGUUAAGUGCAGAGGGCUUUUAUAACAAAUGUGGAGAAAAUAUUGGAGGGCUGUGCUUUUCCAGGAUAAAACAUGCAUGCGUUAACUUUGCAGGUUUAUUUUCUUUUGUAUAUAGCUUUUCUCUGCAGCACAAUUUCCUUUUUUUUUGAUAAUGCCUUGUAUGGCACAACUAGUUAUCAGUAACUGAAUGUACUUUAAUCAUUAUGGCUGCUUCUGUUUUUUUGUUUUUGUUUUUUUCCCAUUAACGAGAGGUUAUACAUGUUUGCAUAUUAGCUUGUUUGCACCCUCUACCUAUUUAUGUAUGAAUCAUUUGUAAUGAGAGUGUGUGCCGAGAUUGUCUGCGUGUUUUGGUGUUUGUUUUCUUUUUUUUUUUUCUUAAAUUGGGUUUGUUUUUGUGUGUGUGGGGGGGAAGGCUGUAUGCUCUUCACUGACUGCAGGUUUCAUUGGGAUUACAUCCACCAGUCUGUCUGUACACAAAUAUGAAGAAUGAUCUGAAGUACCUGUGCUGUAUUUAUGUUUAUCCACGUCUUAACUUUGAUUAAAUAAAAUUUGAAAGAAUUGGA